UUCCGAUUUCCGAGCGAGAAGUAUAAUAAGGACUUCGUGAAUCUUAAGGCACACGUAAAAGCGAAUAUUUCGGUUAUAGUCUGGGGUGGGAUCUACGUCGAGGGAGGAGUAGGGAAGAAGAGCGACCUGAUCGUGAUGGAGCGACCCCCCCAGGAGGAGGGUAAGAGACAGAAGGGCUACAAUACCUGGAGUUAUCUUAAGGCCUUGAGGGAGGGCUUACUCCCAUUUUAUAAGGAUUGGCAGCAUUUUCAGCAAGAUAAUGCGAAGAUACACCUCUCGGCGCAAGCUUUGGAGUGGUUCGGCCGGCACGCUAUUUCUCUAAUAGACUAGCCAGUGCAUUCCCCAGAUCUCAACCAUGACCCUUACACCUAUAGAGCACGUAUGGGCCUGGUUAAAGAGGUAUCUAUCUAGGGAAUGCCCUGAACUCUUUAUCCUAAAAAAACCAGCUGGAUAUUGUACAUCCUACCGACCGCCUGACCCCGUUUCAAUAUUGAGAAAUUUAAAGCUGCGCUGCAGUUAGCGUGGAAGGCAGUACCGGCAGCGCUGAUUAAGAAGCUAUACGACACUCUAGAGCAUAGGCUCCGCGCUAUUAUUAAAUCCCGCGGCUGGUAUACAAAAUAUUAAUCUACGGG